UUUUUCUUCUUUUUACAUUUUUUAAUUUCGAUUUAGAAUUAGAAAAUCUUAAGAUGGCAACACAGAUUGUUUACUUCUUUACUCCAUUGGUGUUGUUGUUUAUGUCUGAAAAAUGUCAUGAUGAAUUUUUCAUCAAGUUUAAUUUUUUUGAUGUUCCUUGUUUAAAGAUGACGCUCAGCAAAGGUUUGGGUUAUGGCAUCAUACUUGGUGCUAUUUUAGUGAAAAUCCCGCAAAUUAUUAAACUUGUUCAAGCUAAAAGUGGCGUCGGAGUUAGUGUUUUAUCCCUGUUUGCGGAAAUGACUGCCAUUAUGUUUGGAGUGGCUUACGCUGUCAAGCAAAAAUUUCCGUUCAGUUCAUGGGGUGAAUCUCUGUUUAUUGGCAUUCAAGACUUGAUCCUUAUGAUUCUGAUAUUCUUUUAUGCAAGAAAUUACAUAGCUAUUGUGUUAUUUCCACCUGUUUAUAUUGGUGUUUCAACUCUUCUGUCGUCAUCAUUCACACCUGACGAAAUUGUAACUAAGCUUCAAAAUUUUACAGUAUUUAUCGUAGCAGCUAGCAGAUUCUUGCAAAUUUGGACCAAUUUUUCAAAUGGUCAUACCGGUCAGUUAUCUUUGAUAACACAAGUCCUCUUGGCGGCUGGAAGUUUGGCACGCGUUUUCACUUCAGUUCAAGAGACUGGGGACGUGUUUAUGAUUUCUCAAUUUGCUGUUACUUGCUUAUUGAAUUGUGUCAUCCUUGCUCAGAUCUUCUACUACUGGGAUGUUGCUGUAGACAGGAAGAAGAAAAAAGCUGAAUAGAAUGAAGACGAUUAAUUUUGUUGUUCUAUACAAUUUUGUGUGAUUUAGUUUUUUUGUUCGGUAUGUGCGGGUGCACUUUGUUAAGCAGAAAAAAAGACUCAUUGCACUUAUGUGGACUGUAAGCUAAUCCCCACCCUUUACUUAGGUUCUGAAACUUUAACAGUUGUGUCGUGUACCUGUCGUGAAGUUAUUCGUCUACCUUCCUGUGCCAUAAUAAAGCCUUAUUUGUAACUGAUCAAGGGUUUAAUUAUUUGUGUAUUUAAAGUUAUAAAGUUUUACAAUUAGUUAGAGCUAAACCGGGAAAGCUUGUAAAAAGACUCGUGCUAAAUAUUGACUUAAUUACCAAGUCGUUGACUUUGAAUUUAUUACAAGGUGACUGUUUCGUCAAACUAUUUUGCAAAGUUAGAAAAAGUCACGGAAAUUGUGAUAGCAUGAUUAACAGAAAUUCAAAAAUUGUUUGAAACAUUUUUAUAUGCCAUCCAAAGUCGUGCCUUGCUUUUAUCUUUAAGUUGCCUGCAAGCCGUUGUCGUUUAUUUGGGCUAUCACGGUGCCUAUAUGUUUGAAAUUAAGACAGUACGUGUUGUAUAUUUAUCCAUUUUUGUUAAAGUUAGGAAUUUGAAAUUUAAUAAUUUAGAAAUAAAAAUAAAUACCAA